GUUUUUUAAAGUUAUUUAUUUUUUAGUUCCCUCCUGGUAUAAAAACUGGAGAUGGCGGAAUGUUUGAUAUGAAGUUUUCCAAUAAUGUCUAUAAUUCACUGAGAACAUAUUCUGUUGCUGAAAACAAAAGAGGUCAAAGAUUACAUGACAAAAGAGAAAAGUCUACUGCUGAAAAAGCAUUAGAUGAAAAAACAAGCCUGAUUCUUUUUAAACUUCUGAAUAAUAAAAUUUUGAAAUCAUUAACUGGAUGUAUUAGCACUGGAAAAGAAGCAUGUGUGUAUCAUGCUUGGAGUGGAAU